AUGAGCGACAUCAGCAUCUCUGAAAAUAUCAGGACUGCAAUGUGAGAAACUCAGUAGGCUACGGGGACUCUGUGUAGGCUAUCCACAGGGAUGCAGCCUUUGCGGUAGACUAUUGGCUACUGUGCGCGCAAUGGCGCACACUCACCGGCCACUACUGAAUUUUAGGAGUGCUAGUCCAAUGUAGCUGACGAUAUGCAGCCUAACCGGGAAAAAAACAUAUUUCGGGUAGACCCAGCUGUCAGCUGCAGAAACCUAAAUGGGCGGCCUCUCCAGAGACUCACGCGUCAGAUGAAUAGACAGUUUAAAGCUUGCUUCUUUCUCUAAUCUCCUCCUGACAACAGCAAUACUGACUCUAUGUUUAAAAUUAUGACUGUUGCAGUUUGAGUUUCAGGACCCGGUCAGUUUGUGCUGAUUCAAGACACAAUCGCUCUUCGGUUUGACUUGGGCUGCUGAAGUUAAAGAGAAUCUGAACGUGACAAGCCGCCUGGACUCUUGAAGAUGUGCUCGCGACUUGCAUUUACCUGGAAUUUACAGUAGUUACUUAAAGUCGUAGGCUACAUUCAAAGCGGUAUGUUUCCCGAAAUGAAUAACAAGUCUUUUAGAGGAGAGGCUUUCCCACACUCACACAGGCUCCAGACCCAACAGGGAACCAAUCGACCCUAUUCACAGAAAUUGAACUCGGGCGUAGUGACCUUGCCCCAGCUGGAGCCCGCGGUUAUACAGGUUGUUGUCAGCAAUGCCAAACUCCACCACCAGCAGUCCGAUAGCAUACUGCCCCACAUCGCCAAAAAGGAGGUGCAGAACAACUACCAGACACACCAGGAUGAGAGACCAAAGCCCUCCUCCCAGUUCUCCACAUGGUUUGGCUCCUCAGUGGAGAACCUGUCUGACACUAUCACCACCAAGGGCCUCAGCAACAAGCUGGAGGAGGCAAAGCUUUAUAAAGGACAGAGGCUGCCCAUGUCUCCAACCGAGGCACUGAGGCACUUCCAAGGGCGUCUGACAGAGUUUGAGCAGCAGGAGAUCAUGGACUACUCAGAAAUCUGGUUCCUAGGGCUGGAGACUAAGAAGAUCAAGGCCUCUCACGGAACUCCUCAGAAUGCCGGCUACGACGACGAGCACGGCAGCUACAACAAGAUUCUGCACGACCACAUUGGCUUCCGCUUCGAGGUGCUGGAGGUGAUUGGGAAAGGAUCAUUUGGACAGGUUCUGAAAUGUCUGGACCACAAGACCCAAGAGCUGGUCGCCAUCAAGGUCAUUCGCAACAAGAAAAGGUUUCACCACCAGGCCCUAGUGGAACUGAAGAUCCUGGAUGCUGUGAGGAGGAAAGACAGGGAAAAGUGCCACAAUGUCAUCCAUAUGAAAGAAUACUUCUACUUCCGCAACCAUCUCUGCAUCACCUUCGAGCUGCUAGGAGUCAACCUGUAUGAGCUGAUCAAGAAGAACAACUUCCAGGGCUUCAGUCUGGCCCUGAUCCGUCGUUUCACCCGCUCCCUGCUCAAGUGCCUGCAGAUGCUGUAUAAGGAGAAGAUCAUUCACUGUGACCUCAAACCGGAGAACAUACUUCUGUCUCAGAAAGGACAAGGAAAUAUAAAGGUGGUUGACUUUGGGUCCAGCUGUUAUGAGCAGCAGAGAGUCUACACAUACAUCCAGAGUCGUUUCUACCGCUCCCCAGAGGUUAUCCUGGGCCACCCCUACAGCAUGGCCAUCGACAUGUGGAGUCUGGGCUGCAUCAUGGCUGAGCUCUACACCAGCUUCCCCCUAUUUCCUGGGGAGAGCGAGGUGGAGCAGAUUGCGUGCAUCAUGGAGGUACUUGGAAUGCCUCCCAAUGAUUUUGUGCAGACAGCAUCCAGGAGAAGGUUGUUUUUCGACUCCAAAGGAAACCCCAGAAACAUCACAAACAGCAAAGGGCGGAAGAGGCGACCCAACUCCAAAGACCUGGCCAGUGUUUUGAAGACCGACGAUCCUCUGUUCCUGGACUUCCUUCAACACUGCCUCACGUGGGAUCCAACCAAGCGUAUGACACCAGACGAAGCGAUGCAACAUGAGUGGAUCCAGGAGGCUUGUCUCAAAAAGCCCCGGCCCAAAACACGACCCAUGAUUUGGAAGCCCAGGGAAAGCACAGAAAGUAACUACGAGGCUACUUACUGCAAAGUAGUUACUAACAGGACAGCUGAGAAGAUUGGGUCCGAUAGCAACGACAAGCUGAAAAGAGACCUCUCCGCCAAGGCAGGGGGCAAGAUGGUGACCACCGAGCGACUGCAUCCCAUUGGAGCGUCUGCAGAGGUGGAGUUGUGUGAGGGCGUGGCCAAGGUCAACAGGGACACCAAUCAGGAGGCGAGUGGGGAGAGGUCCGUGCAUAUCAUCAUCAAGCCUAAACUAGACGUGGGCACUGACAGAGAUUAGGAGUUGUCCCAGUGUCUGCCCCCUAUCAUGUAGCAGCACAAGGGAGGGGGCAGGAGGGCACCAUUAGGCAUUAUGAACUUAAACAUCAUUAACCAGACACAGAAGAUAAUGCAUACUGUUGUCAUGUACAGGGGACCUCCUGUUUUGUGAUAUUCCUGUGGCUAUGAGAUUAAUUCUAUACAAUCUAUAGAGUUACUUUAGCUGUUGUGAGUAUCCCACUGAAUGCACUGUCUACGUGUCAUGGAGAAGAGCAAAGAUUCAUAGUUUGGCAAGCUACCAAUCCUGAUUCAAACAUUCGUUAUUGUUGAUGGUACGUUUACUGUUUAAAGGAGGCAGAGAGACAGUGACAGGAUCAGUUAAAGUUACAAUUCAGGAAUACCGUGGUACGACAGCAUUAUGCUUUUGUUAUGUGCAUCUUUUGUGGCCCAGAUCACAAUACUCAACCCCAGCUAGUGUUACCUGUUGUACAUUGACUUCUUUGAAAAGGAAAAGAUGCAAUGCUCGCUCACCAUUAAAAAUGUAUUGUUUUAUUUAAACAAGUUAAAAAGAUUAACGUUUCAGCCUUCAAUGGCCUUCAUCUUCUUUCCGUUCAUUGACUUCUUAAAGUAUAUUAUUUAUAUUUUAGGUUUACUCUUUUACUGCUGUAUUUUGUGUAGAAAUUCCAAACCAAAGCAGCUACGUUGUGCAAUAUUUUGCAUGGCUUCAAAAAAAAUGUUCUUCCUUCUAAAAUGGUUAUUCGUUUCUGAAGGAGCGUGUGCAAUAUUAACUGAGCCAAAGAAAGUAUUUCUGUCACUGCUGAUCUUUCAGCUCAGCUGUGCCCUGUAAGAAACAUGUUCUAUUCAAACCUUUAUGUCCUGCAUCUUUACUAGAUUGAAUAAUGCUAUUGGAAUGAUAUUACAUAGUUAUAAUGGUCAUUAUGGUGAUGAUUAUCCAGACAUAGAAAUUAUGUUUGUAAUGGCUUGUUUUCCCUGUACAUAUGUACCUGCUGUGAUUUUUUGAUGUAUGUAAUACAGAACAUUAUGUACGGUGUAUGUUACAGGUUAUUGUAAAGUUUAGACAAGGUUUUAUAUUUACUUGUUCACGAUUACUUGUAUUAUCUAUGUAUGAAAGAAUAAUUUUAUACUCGAUUAUGUUUGUGUUUGUAAUUUUUUUUUUAAUGAUUAGACACUGAGAGACAAUCAUUUUAUUAAUAGUUUGUGCUUUGCAGUGUUAUAAUCCUUGCACUUUAGCUAUGUAUUUACCUGGGAUAAAAGACAGAUUCUCCACAUAAAAAAGUUACCCAAAAAGUAACCAAGUGAGAGUUGUGUAAUCAAUUAUAUAUUGUAGCUUGCCAGGAAACAUUCAGUGAGGGAAUUGCAUAAUUUUGUGUU